GCAGCAGCAGUAGUGUAGUAAUAGUGGUGGUGGUGCGGAAUACCGACGCAUUGAGACCGAGUGAGGAGUACAGUGUUAGAGCUAAGCUUUAAGUCCUUUCAUUUCUCAGGAUUUCCGUCGUAAAACGUUAAUUUAACUCAUCUACAGAAAAAAGCUAGAGCACGCAUGGACUGGAAAUAACGUAACCAGAGAGAAAAUAAACCAACAACAAAUCUCAACGGCAUGUCGGCGUUCGGAGAGUUUGCGCAGCAAUUUUGACCGCUAUAAACAAACCGAAUUGUAUUUAUUUGUAAAGUUUGUUUAAUACGCGUAUUUCCUACUUCUUAUUCUGAAGCAUAAAACUUUUAUCUGUGUGGUGAAGUGUGGUGUAGAAAAAGUUAUCUGAAGUGGGAGUUGGCUGGAGAGAUUUUAGUCAGACUGGUUUUAAAUAUGGUUGGGGAAAUGGAAACAAAAGAGAAGCCCAAGCCGAGUCCUGAUUAUCUCAUGCAGCUUAUGAACGACAAGAAACUGAUGAGCAGUUUGCCUAACUUCUGCGGCAUUUUUAACCAUCUAGAAAGGCUACUGGACGAAGAGAUUGGCCGGGUACGGAAGGACAUGUACAACGACACACUUAACAGCAGUACAGACAAACGGACAUCAGAGCUUCCAGAUGCCAUUGGUCCAAUAGCACAACUCCAGGAGAAACUCUACGUGCCAGUAAAAGAAUAUCCAGAUUUCAACUUUGUGGGGAGAAUCCUUGGACCACGUGGGCUCACUGCCAAACAGCUGGAGGCAGAGACAGGCUGCAAGAUAAUGGUGCGAGGCAAGGGCUCUAUGAGAGACAAGAAGAAGGAGGAGCAGAACAGAGGCAAGCCCAACUGGGAGCACCUGAACGAGGACCUGCAUGUGCUCAUCACAGUGGAAGAUUCACAGAACCGUGCUGAGAUCAAACUCAAGAGAGCUGUGGAGGAAGUUAAGAAGCUGCUCGUUCCUGCAGCAGAAGGUGAGGACAAUUUGAAAAAGAUGCAGCUGAUGGAGCUGGCAAUCCUCAAUGGCACAUACCGCGAUGCCAACCUCAAGUCACCAGCCCUGGCAUUCUCUUUGGCUGCCACUGUCCAGCCUCGCAUCAUGACUGGCCACUCACCUAUGAUGCCCACUGCAGCCUUGCGUACUCCUGUCCCUACUGCUCCCACCCUCAUGCCCCUCAUCCGACAGAUUCAGACCUCCGCCAUCAUGCCUACAGGCAGCCCUCACCACACUCUGCUGCCCCAGAGUCCUGAGUCAGGGAUCAUCUACACCCCAUAUGAGUACCCCUACACUCUGGCCCCUGCCACUUCUAUCCUUGAGUAUCCCAUUGAUUCCAGUGGUGUAUUAGCAGGUGCAGUGACUACUAAAGUACGAAGGCAGGAUAUGCGCGUCCAUCCUUACCAAAGGGUAGUGACCGCAGAAAGAGCUGCCACCAGCAACUAACCCAAUGACCCUAAGAAUUCUCAACUCUUCACCCAAUGAUGACCUGACCAUUGCCUGUCUGCUGACCAGUUCUCUGGCACUCGUCCUUCGCUUGUCUCGUACUCGCAGCUUGCUGGUGAGCGCCGAUGCAGAUUAAAUUUACUUAACACAGUGCAGAACUCAACUGACCACUUCCUCAAACUGAAGACCUCCAUGGUCAGGUGAUUAGUCUCCAUAAUAUUUACUGAACUGUCAUGAAGCAAUAAUGCACCUACUAACUCAUUAUUUCUAAGCCAUUCACACAGACACGUCGGCUCUUACUGUUUCUCAUAAUAGACAGGGUUUCAGCAUUAAAGUCACUUUGGCUCAAUCAAUGUGGGGAUCACACUGGAUUAAAGUAUUGUGACUGUGUAAUGUGUUUUUUAUAUUGAAUAAUGUGGCUCAGCAUGUUCAUAAGGGAAAAAAGGAUGAAAAUGAGAGAUAAAUCUGUUCUGGAUCAUUUAAAGCUAAAAUGUUUAUUAGGAAGGUAAAAGCCAUGAUUGACUAUUACAUGCAUCCAGAA